GAAUCUAUCUUAUUAUACUGAUGAAGAUACUGAAAAGGAUAAAGUGGCCUAUAAACAUUUUCUGCCUACAUCAACAGCAAUAACACAGUAUCUUCUGCGCAACAUGCUUGAUAGAAUUGAGGAUAAAGUCAAAAGAAAGGAGAAGGAACAAAAAGAGCAGAUGGAGGUAAAGGAUGACGAAGAACAAAAAGAGCAGAUGGAGGUGAAGGAUGAUGAAAAUCAAAUUAGUGACAAU